AUGGUGACGCGUCUGGCGCUGUGCCUUCUGCGUGAGGAUACCACGACGUACAUGCCACCCGGAGCUUCCACGGCGCACAACCUGUCGCGGCCACGCGUGGCGUGGGAGACUGUUGCUUCGUUGUGUUUUGCCUUGCAGCCGCACCUGCUGCACGAGAAAAAGGUCGUGAAAAUGGACCUUUUGCAGGCGAUACUGCGUGCACUGCGAUUGGAGGCGGGAGAGGCAGCAGCUACUGGGGAAAAGGCCACUGCGCGGCGGAGCACCAACUCAUCGGCUGCAAGUUCCACACGCCUUGUCGCGAUGCGUUCCGCCGUUGAGGUCCUCUGCGUGUCCUUGUCGCAUCAACAACAAGAGGCGCAGGCGCGGUUCAUUGGAUUGCCGCUUUUUAUUGAGGUUGCCAUUGCCUUGCGGGACAGUGGCGUGCGAGUUCCUAACGCACUGGUUCAAUGCGUCUUCUUGUGUCUAGGGGACUCGCAGCGUUAUCAGUGGAGCGAACCAUCACCCUUGAGCAGCCAAGCCCCGCGGGACCGAGAGAUGCUUGUUAAUAUCCUUAAUUCUCCCCCGGCGGAGCGAUGGGUGUCGGCCCUGCGUCUACUGCGGCUGUCGAACGAACAGAAUGACUUUACUGUUGCUCCUGCGCACCUUCGCUGUUUUCUCAGUGGUCUGCAAAGCAUCUCAAUUAGCCGCACAUGGCAGACGGCCCUCAGCGCCGCACAGUGUAUCAUGACUCAGUAUCACGUCUUCCCUGAUGAGGCUUCUACGGAGAAGCUGAUGUUGAACCUGCAUGCAGCAUCAUGGCAACGCGCCUUUGGGGUUUUGCAGCUGUACGAAAGGAAUUACGUCACACCAUCCCCGCAGAUUUUGCGGGAUCUGCAUGUGGUGGCGAUGAAACACGGUUCUUGGGACCUUGUGCUGCGGGUGAUGCAGGAGAUUGAGGCGGCGGGAGCCGAGCAGGCCCGCUUCAUGAAUUAUGUUUACUGCCUUCGCGCGUUUGGAUGUGCGGGGAAGUGGGAGGAGGCCGCUGGGCUUUUCAAAAAGCUUAAAAACAUAUCUGACGUGGGGCGGAGUGGCCGCUCUGCGUACAAUGAGGUCACGGUUGCUGUGCCUGUCAUGGGCAUGGUGGAGCACAAGCAGUGGGAGGCGGUGGUGCGGUUUGUUGUGACGAUCUGCCACCAAUGCGGCGCUGCACUGACGCAUGAGGGGCGGGAGGUGGCCCUGGCAGCGGAGCUUCUUGCGCUUGCACGCAUGGGCCACGUGGCCCGAUUGGCACGCUUUUUGAAUCGUCACAGUGGGGUGAAGGGCGACGCCAACGGUGGGGCGGCGGGGGCCUAUGCGGCGGAUGACACUCCGCUAGAAGAGUUGGGGUUAUUACCCUCCGUCACGGAGCUGCGCGCGCUGCUGCUGCGGGCGGCGGAGCUGCACACGCUCUGCGGCAUGGAGCAACUCAACGCCCCCAUUCGGCUUGUGUACGACAUUAUUGCCAGCGACACCCAUCACCGCCACCACUACGCGGAGCGGAUUGGGCCCGUGACCCGCCGCACCCCCCCGCAGCGACCGCUCUACCUUCCGCCCCACCAUUUGCGGACGCAGCAUGACAACUUUGCAGCAGCGCUUGGGGUACUGAUACGCCGUGACGAGCGACUUUUUGACGCAGCCGCGCAGCAAAGCGUGGCGGAGGCGAUGACGAAACUUGGCGCAGGCCCCGCGUUUCUGAAGGCUGCGCUGCUAUAA